GCUGCUCUGUCCGUUAUGCAGCCCUGCCAGACAGUGGCAUGUUGGUGAGCCACCAGUGCGGCAGAGAUAUACCGAGUGACUGGCGUGCUCCUGACAGGGACUGGACGGAGCUGCAGAGACUGAGAGUACACGGCCGGCAGCCCCUCCCCCUCCCGGGGCCGCCAGUGAUGGGCGGGGAGUGACGUCGCCCGGGCGUGCUGCUGCGGACAAGGAGAAAGCACAAUAAGGGGAGGCGCAGAGCGGAAGUGUGCGGGCAGCACCGAUACACGGAGGGAAAUGUGAGCGGAGGUUGUGGGUCACAACGGGCCAGCAACGGCAGUUCUGCUGCCCAGAUGAUCCGCUGCACAGAGCCGCUGCUGUUCUCUGCACAUAUCCACACUCCUGCUUUACACCUGUCUUGGAUGUGAGGUGUAGUGGAGGAUGCAACCUACUAUCAUUCAUAGCAAGCGAAUGAUGAGAGAAAGAAGGCCCUAUAGGGUGCUCAAGUGCUUUGCGUGGCUGUAUGAUGGAAGGGAAUGAGAAGGCAAACCUCUGUACGAAGUCUGUCGGAUGGCUUCAAAGGCAAGACAAGGAUGCUGAGCCCUGGGUGUGGAAACUCUCAAACUGCUUCUCAGCUGUCAAUCCGGCAUUACCUAUUCCUGGAGAGAAAUCGAAAGAUUACAUGGAGGGCACUAGACCCACAAUGGAAUUGAAGGAUGUUCCACCUCCUCCCCCACCCACCGUUCAACCACGCACCAAUAUCUUCCCCCUGUCCAAAAUCCAGCCGCCUCGUGUAAAGUCAAUCCAACUUCAAACUGCCUCCAACGUAAGCUGUUGUGCACUUUGUUCUAAUGGCACCUCUUGCACGUCUGAUGUUCGCUUCAGCGGGAGUGGUUUCAUUCAGCCUAACCCUAUUUUGGACAAAAACAUUGCUGGCACUAUUACCUGUCAAAUAGCCCCAGGGCUAUCCUUCUCUCCAGAAAGUCCCUUCAAAAAAGUGUCUGUCACAGGACCUUGCAGCAGCCACCCACCCAACUGUUCAAAUGUGUGUAUGGAAAACCGUCUUUCUCCCUGUCAGCUUCACCAAUCUCACCCGGUUCCCUGCUGCACCAGUCUUCAUUUAAACCCAUUUCACGGUGAUCUACAUAAGUUCCAAGUCCCUGUCCAUGGCACUUCUCCUGGAUAUUGUUCUUAUUCAGACUUCACUAGUGGGGCUACACAGCAUUUAAAGAAACAUCUUGCACAGUCUGAAAUUCUGUCACAUUUUUGCACGGGUUCUUUUCAUGUAAACACUGCACCUUCUGUCUUUUUCAAAGGCUCUUCCUUUUGUGAAGUCUGCUUGGAAAAGUCCCAUGGUGAUGGUGUAAUUGAUGCAAACAAAAUAUGGCCUAAUAUUCCUCCUCCAAGCACCCAGACUGUGGCUCUCCCAAUGUGCAAUGGCUGUGGAACACAAGGAAACAUGAAGGAUACGACCAUUGUACUCGCUAAGAAUUUCUGUAAUGCAUCGCAAAAAUAUGGUUCCCCAGAUUUGUCAGCGGCUGGCCAGGUACAGGAAAAUUUGCCUCCCAUUGGUGUGUUUUGGGACAUUGAGAAUUGCUCUGUUCCCAGUGGCCGCUCAGCUGUAAGUGUAGUAAAGCGGAUUCGUGAGCGGCUUUUCAAAGGUCGCAGAGAGGCAGAGUUCAUUUGUGUCUGUGACAUCAGUAAAGAAAACAAGGAAGUUAUUGAGGAGCUCAAUAAUUGUCAGGUUACAGUUGCUCACAUUAAUGCCACAGCGAAGAACGCUGCAGAUGACAAACUCAGACAGAGCUUGAGGAGGUUUGCAGACACACACACUUCUCCAGCAACUGUGGUUUUGGUUUCUACUGAUGUCAACUUCGCUCUGGAGCUCAGUGAUCUCCGCCAUCGGCAUGGUUUCCAUAUCAUACUUGUACACAAGAACCAGGCAUCAGAAGCAUUACUUCACCACGCACACGAGCUCAUCUGCUUUGAGGAGUUUAUUUCAGAUCUUCCUCCUAGAUUACCCCUAAAGCCCCAGCAGUGCCACACUCUGUUAUAUGUUUAUAACUUGCCAACAAACAGAGAUGCAAAAAGUAUCACCAACCGCCUGCGACGCCUCUCUGAUAACUGUGGAGGAAAAGUGAUGAGUCUUUCGGGCAGCAGUGCCAUUCUUCGCUUUAUCAAUCAGGAAAGUGCAGAGCGGUCACAAAAGCGCAUGGAGAACGAAGAUGUGUUUGGCAACCGGAUCAUAGUUUCUUUUGCGCCUAAAAAUCGAGAGGUUACUGAAGCAAAAAACACAAAUUGCGCCAGUGGGGACAAAUCAAAGUCUCCCAAAAAAGUGAACAAGAACACCAAACUGUGCCUUGCAGCUAAAGAGCAAUGUGACCAGUCAGCCAAUGCCAAAGGUGCUGCAAGCAAGGCCGCUCACAGCUCCGCUAUCAAAAACUCAAUUGUGAAAAGUCUGCAGGAGCUGUGUCAAAUGCAGUCUGAAGCCAGUAAUCGGGCAAAUGCAAAACCUCAAGAUAAAGACAAAAAGAAAACUGGCGAUAAAAUCAAUUCUCUCUGUGAAAGCAACACUUCGGUUUCCAGCCAGGUGUCCACGAAGAAUGUUCGUACAGAAGAAAUUGUUUUUAAAAAUAUUCAGAGGCGGGAGGAACCCAGCAUUGAAAGUGUUUCCAGAUCCCCUGUUGAGAAACUUGAAAAUGAGACUACUUUUCAAAUUAGUAACCCAUCUGCCUUCAGCAAACUUGCAGGAUCUAGUCCUCUUCGUUCAUGCCCGAGUGGAUGGACUUCCAGGAAUGCUUCUGUGAGUCUUUCGAACGGUUCAUCUCCCUUAACAACUGACGAUGUUCCUGAUUUAUCCGUUGAUCCAUUUGCAAAUGGUACUGAUAUUCAGAUUGGAAAUCUGGAUUAUAGGAGGUCUAGAAAGGAGCUUCAACAAACAUUAUGGGAAAUAUUUACCAGACAUGGGAAGGUAAAACAAGUUGAGCUCAGCCCUCACACAGAUUAUCAGCUAAAGGCCACCAUUCAGAUGGAAAACCUCCAAGAAGCCAUUUGUGCAGUCAACAAUCUACAUAGAUACAAGAUUGGAAGCAAAAGGAUCCAAGUGUCCCUGGCCACGGGGGCAGCAAAUAAAUCCCUCUCUCUAUUAAGCUUUGGCACCAUUUCUAUCCUUCAAGAUGCUCCAGCUUGCUGUUUACCUUUGUUUAAACUUACAGAAAUCUAUGAGAAAAAGUUUGGACACAAGCUGAUUGUGUCAGAUCUGUACAGGUUAACAGACGCUCUUACUAUCCGUGACCAGGCGAAUGGUAGGUUAGUGUGUCUGUUGCCAAGCUUUCAGACAAGGCAGAGUCCACUGGGAUCUUCCCAGUCACAUGAUGGCUCCUCAACAACUUGUAGUCCUGUGGUGUUUGAAGAGUUGGAGUAUCAUGAACCUGUCUGUAGACAACAUUGCACCAAUAAGAAAUUCAGUACACAUGAUUUUGACCCAGACUCUUACAUAAUCCCAUAUGUCAUCCAGUCUUUGAAAAUCUUUGCUCCUCAAGUUCACAGCCUCUUGCAGACACAUGAGGGCACAGUUCCUCUUUUAAGCUUCCCUGAUUGUUAUGCAGCAGAAUUCAGUGCUUUGCAUGAGGUGAAUGAGUCACAGGGAGGCGUGCCAUUGGAGCAUUUGAUCACCUGUGUUCCAGGGGUUAAUAUUGCAACUGCUCAAAAUGGCAUAAAGGUUGUCAAAUGGAUACACAACAAGCCACCACCUCCAAAUUCUGAUCCCUGGAUGUUGCGGUCCAAAAGUCCUGUUGGUAAUCCUCAGCUGAUACAGUUCAGCCGAGAAGUCAUCGAUCUACUAAAAAAUCAGCCAUCAUGCAUUAUGCCGGUUACAAAAUUCAUUCCAACAUAUCAUCAUCAUUUUGCAAAGCAAUGUCGUGUCUCUGAUUAUGGGUACUCUAAACUGAUGGAACUUCUAGAGGCUGUGCCACAUGUUCUGCAGAUCCUUGGUAUGGGCUCCAAACGCUUUUUAACUCUGACUCACAGAGCACAGGUAAAGCGAUUUACCCAGGAUCUUUUAAAGCUCCUCAAGUCCCAAGCCAGCAAACAGGUCAUUGUAAGAGAAUUCUUACAAGCUUACCACUGGUGCUUUUCAAGAGACUGGGAUGUAACCGAAUAUGGAGUGUGUGAGUUGGUUGACAUUGUAUCAGAGAUCCCUGAUACCACAAUAUGUGUUUCCCAGCAAGAUAAUGAGAUUGUGAUUUCAAUUCCUAAACGAGAACGUACUCCUGAAGAGAUUGAACGGACAAAGCAGUUCUCAAAGGAAGUGGUUGACUUGUUGCGCCACCAGCCUAAUUUCAGAAUGCAGUUUAAUAAGUUUAUUCCGUCCUAUCACCACCACUUUGGCCGCCAGUGUAAACUGACAUACUACGGGUUCACUAAAUUGCUAGACCUCUUUGAAGCCAUACCAGAUGUUUUGCAAGUCUUAGAGUGUGGUGAGGAAAAGAUUUUGACCUUGACAGAAAUGGAGCGUAUUAAAGCUUUAGCUUCCCAGCUUGUUAAACUUCUGCGCUCCCAGAAAGACUCCUCUUUAAUGAUGCCUGGCUUGCUUACUGAAUAUAGCAAGACGUUUGGCUACAGUUUGAGGCUCCACGACUAUGAUACCAGCACUGUACCAGCAUUGAUGCAGAAAUUAUGCCAUGUUGUUAAGAUUACAGACACCGCCUCCGGCAAGCAGAUUCAGCUCAUAAACAGAAAGUCACUGCGCUCACUAACUGCACAGCUCCUGAUUUUGCUCAUGUCAUGGGACGAGUACUCCUUACUUAAUGUUAACCAGCUGCGCCAGAUAUAUCAAAGUGUCCAUGGAGUUCCUCUUAAUCCAUGUGAAUAUGGGUUUGUGUCCUUGACUGAACUAUUAAAAAGCCUUCCUUACUUGGUUGAGGUGUUUACAAAUGAUGUGAAUGAGGACUGCAUCCAACUGACACCCUUGUACAUGUUUGCAAAGAAUGUACGGUCGUUGCUGCAUACUUACCACUACCAACAGAUCUUCCUACAUGAGUUCCCAACUGCAUACAGCAAAUAUGUAGGGGAAGUGCUUCAACCCAAGCAAUAUGGCUAUAACAGCCUGGAGGAGAUACUUGGAGCAAUUCCACAGGUGGUUUGGAUCAAGGGACACGGCCAUAAGAGAAUUGUCGUACUGAAGAAUGACAUGAAGAUUUGUCACCAGACUGACAAAGAACUCCUGUGCCUCACUUCACCUGUUGAUCUCUUGUGUGGUCCAGUUCCUUCCUGCCUUCCAUCUCCUCAAUUACACCCAGAUCCUGUCACCCAAGAGUCUGGAGACCUCAUACAGUUUGAGGAACAUUUCUCCGGCUUGAUAAUUAAUGAAUGCCAGAACCAUCCACCACCUUCCUGCCAUGGUGAACGUACAGCUAACCAUGUAGACAAGACUGCUGAGCACUCUGUUCCUGACGCAGACCCACAGGAGUCCACUCUUUCAAAGGAAUUGUUGGAAAGCCCAGUAAAGAAACAGAACCGAAAUAGAGUCAGACUGGCAGCAAACUUUUCAUUUGCACCUGUAACUAAACUGUAACGUUUGCUGUUUUCAGUGAGUUUAGAGUAGGGCACACAUGGGUACCAGAUAUCAGCGGCAAAACUUUACCAAGCUUCGGGCCCUUCUGGUCCUUGGUACUAUUGGUCCUAUACCUUUUUUAUAUUUAUUAUGCUGCUUCAAAAGUUAUUAUUUUUGAAUAUUAGGGUAUGGUUUUGAGACCUCAUUUUACAGGUUUCAGUUCAUGAAAUGUUCUGUGUAAAACAACACAACUUUUGUUUCCUCAAAGCCUCAUCAUUGAUAUAAUCCCAAAUCUCAUUGUGACUUGUGUAUAGUAGAUCAAUUACAGAUUGCUACUGCCUGAAACAGUGGCUGUAAUUAAUCUUAAAACAGUCUGUCUGCUUGGCAUCUGAUCACUUUUUACCCUUAACGCUGUGUAACUUGUCACUGUCAAUUCAUAAAACCUUCCCAGAUAUUAAGGUGCCGGUUUCUUUGUUUUUCCUCUUCUCUUUAUGGCACUCCAAUAUUCGAGGAUUAGGGUUUGUCAUGCAGUUCUAUAAAAGUUCAGUUUUCUUGUGCAAGAUUAUAUAUAUGGACUUUGUUUUGUUCCCAAGGGCUGUUUCAGGUGACUUGUAAGGACUGUAAAUCUAUCUGUACAGGAAGAUAUCAAAGUGUGGGUUUCUCUGUCCAUAUAGUGUUUGAGAUUUGAAAAGGUUACUAUAUUUUCCUUCUGCACUGAACUGUUUUGUCCAUCCCCGUGAAGCAGCUUGCCUUCGGUCGUGUAACCCACAGAUCAGUUCAAAAAGCGAAAUGUGUAUUGAGUAGUUUUGCGUUAGAAACUGAAAAAAAGAAAAACUUAUUUCAUUAUACCUUAAUAUGCAUCAAAUGCAUAAAUCAUGGAGGAAGGCGCUAUAGCAUAUGUAGCACAGUCAGCUUCUGUAGAUGUUGCCAUUUCCACUGAAAAGGAAGGUUCAUCUACAAGUGGAAAGGUCAAGGUUUUUCUGCUUUAACCUUGAUUUAGCUUGGUAUAUUUUUAAGACAUGAGGGGGGACAAGUAAUGAUUUGAUGGGAUGGCAUAUUUUGUCUUUUUAACGGUCUGUAAAUGUUUUUAUUCAGAUUUUGUGUCUUGGGUUUUGGAAACUUUUUGGUCAGUUUAGAAGACUUGCUGGAUGGCUUUAGGAAAAAGGCCACACUUUCAGUAAAGCCAGUGGACUUGUUUGACUGUCGUGUCAGAAGGCUUCCGACUCCUUCUAGGCUAACCUGGCCCUUACAAUGGGUUGUAUCUGCCAGGCGAGAGAUGGUUUCUUGUAGAAUCUAUUACAAAAGGUUCUACACUCGUUGUGUUGGGUUCUUUGCAAUAUGCUUGAAAGUGAAGGAUAAUUUCUGAAUCCAUAGCCAUCUAAAUAAAAAUGCUUUUACAUAAUGGCUAUUUAAGUUAUUUUACCUUCUGGAUUUUGCACAAGAAUCUUUUAAUUGUGGCCACUUCCAACUGAAAGUUGUAGCUACUGUGUAGACAUAAGAAUGAAUUAAAGGUUUGUUUGUUUGUUUUUUUUUUUUUCUUCUGCACUUCUAAACUUGAGUCCUUAACAAAGGCACUUCCUCUGUUUAACGUGGUGGUGGGUUCAAAACGUGAAGUCCAGAAUAGUUUUUGUUUUAGACUGCUUUUAAAUUGAGUUCAGUGUGUGUAAACACCCAGUGUAACCUUAUGCAUGGAUUUCAUUUUUCGUACAGUGGACACAAAACCAUGUUAAAACGUGUAGUGUGACUCUCUUCAUAGCAUGUCACUACAAGUCACCUGAAAUACUUUAUUGUAGUACAGUGUAGUUCUACAACAUAAUCUAAAGCUCUUCGCAGCAUACAAGUCAUUAUACUUGUGAUGAAAACUGCUAUGGAUUUUACUUUUUCCUCCAAUAAUUCUUUACUGGUAACCAUAUCAUUUGAGAGCAAAAAUAAUAAAAUGACCGUUAAAAUCUACUUUGGUAUGGGUGAUAACAUGCAUACUAGCAAAUGGACAAAAAGUCUUAUCUAUUUAAUUUUUUUUUAACUCUUACAUUAAAUAAUUCAUUUAUGAGGCUGAAGUAAUACUUUAUCUGGAAGAAAAAAUGUUUAGUUUGUAACAAAAAAUAAAUGUUUACCACCUUGUGGAGGCUUUUGAAGCUGCCAGGGCUUAAAAUUAUGCACUGCUUCUAUUGUUUUUUUGUUUUGUUUUUUUCAUUUAAUUCUGAGUCUCAAUGCGUAAUUGUGUGUUUUGGGACCAAGUUCUUGUGUGUCAAUAAACUAUUUGCAAGCA